CUCCGCAAAAAUUCUCAUUCGAUAGCUUGCAUUUUCCGCGACCAGCCGUGUGUUUUCGUGCGCGCCCGUGGGCCAGGUUUUUUUUUUCUCGGUGUGAAGGUGUGCCUCGGCCUCCCCGCAAAGGUGGUAGCAAAGUUCCGUGCGUGCGAAAAAAAAGUUUAGUAGCAGCGCCUAAGCCAGUUAGCAGCAGCGAGUGUGUGUUUUAGUGCCAGAGAAUCGCUCUAUUUAGUGUGUGUCGUCGUGGCCGUCGUUCCCGUCUCGUGGCCAUUUUCACGAGAAAAAAUCCGACCGCCCCCAGAUCGAGAUUUCUCUCGCCGGACGACGACGGAAGUGAUUGUGCUUCCAGAGCGGAACUAAUCUAUUCGGCGCCCCGAAGAAGCGCAGCCAGGUUGGCCGUAAAUCAUCAAGGAGAGUGAGCAAAGAAGCAGCACCGGCCCCGCCAUGUCCGACUACGAUCUCGACGUGGACAACCUGAUACAGCGGCUGCUCGAAGCACACAAAAUGCAACAGCAACAGACACAGGAAACUAGGAAAAAAGGGAAACUGAAAGAUAUAUUCUCGUCAGAUUUCAUGGUCAGAGGAUGCCGGCCGGGCAAGGCCGUACCAAUGUCGGAGGAGGAGAUUCGAGGACUGUGCCUGAAGUCGCGUGAAAUUUUCCUGCAGCAGCCGAUCCUGCUCGAGCUGGAAGCCCCACUCAAAAUCUGCGGUGACAUCCACGGCCAGUACACAGACCUGCUGCGGCUGUUCGAGUACGGUGGGUUCCCGCCGGAGGCCAACUACCUGUUCCUCGGCGACUACGUGGACCGGGGCAAGCAAUCGCUCGAGACGAUCUGUCUGCUGUUGGCCUACAAAAUCAAAUACCCGGAGAACUUUUUCCUGCUGCGGGGCAAUCACGAGUGUGCCAGUAUUAAUAGGAUAUACGGAUUCUACGACGAGUGCAAACGAAGGUACAACGUCAAGCUGUGGAAAACCUUCACCGACUGCUUCAACUGCUUACCGAUUGCGGCCAUCAUCGACGAGAAGAUCUUCUGCUGUCACGGCGGACUCAGUCCGGACCUGAACCACAUGGAGCAAAUCCGACGAAUCAUGCGACCAACGGACGUUCCCGACACUGGACUGCUGUGCGACCUGCUGUGGAGCGACCCCGACAAGGAUGUUAAGGGCUGGGGUGAGAACGACCGCGGCGUCAGCUUCACGUUCGGCGUCGACGUCGUGUCCAAGUUCCUGGGGAUGCACGACCUGGAUCUGAUCUGCCGGGCGCACCAGGUCGUCGAGGACGGGUACGAGUUCUUUGCGAAGCGGUCGCUCGUGACGCUCUUUUCCGCGCCCAACUACUGCGGCGAGUUUGACAACGCCGGCGGCAUGAUGUCCGUGGACGAGAACCUGAUGUGUUCGUUUCAGAUUCUGAAACCGUCGGAGAAGAAGGCCAAAUACCAGUACACCGGCACGAACGCCCAGCGGCCGCAGACGCCCCAGCGGAACCAGAACCAGCCGCUGCCCCCGACCAAACGGAAAUAAUAAUUUCUCUCUCUUCUGAAUCGCUAUCUGACGCGCCGGCGGGGUGGUGGCGGCGGCAACAACAACAACGGCGGAAGUGGUGGCGGCGAAAGAAGCAGCAGCAGCAA